CUAGUAAAUAUUUUCCUCAUGUUCAGAUAGAAGUGACUUUCUACGCGCAUGCGCAGUACACUGAAUGUUGGGAAGUGGUUUGUUGUUCCUCAAAGCUUUAUGUUUUUGUCUGUGUGCUUUUAUUUGAUCUGAAAUUAGGGUUUUACUGACAAUGUCAGCAGUCGUGCAUGUUUUGCUGCCCUUCUUUCUCUGCAUUGCUUUGGCGAACACUGACAUUUUCGACAAUGUGCUGGUGGACAUGUCCUAUGAUCACUACGCCGAGAAGAGAGUGGACCAGCUUCCUGCCUUUCUGGCCAUGCCGUUUAACUGUCUCGUGAACGUGGGGUAUAUUAUAGUAGGUGUUUACUGGCUGACCCGGAGGAUGAAGGAUCCCCGCGCUGCUUACGCGAAGGACGUGUUCGCGCUUAUGGCCAUCGCGUACGGACCGGUCCAGUGGGCGCGUCUGGCCACCCUACGUCGCGCUCCCUCGGUCCUGGACCAGUGGUUCACACUGCCCAUAUUCGCCUGGGUGCCGGUGUGGUGUCGCGUCAUUACGCACGGCUGGUCCGCUCGUUACGCAGUGGCUGUGGAGGUGUGCUCUGUGGCGAGCUACGCGCUGGCCCUACUGCAUGAGCGCGGCUUUGAGUUGGCCCUCGGUGCUCACAUCUCUGUGGCGGUGCUGCAGGCCGCCGCGGCGCAGCGCAAUUUCGGAGACCAGGUGUCUCUGCGCUACUUCAUCCACGCAGCCCUGUCCUGUGCGGGAUUCGUGCUUCUAAAACUCCUGGACCACGAGCUGGCCAAAUUCUGGCUAUUCCAAAACCUCACUGGACACUUCUGGUCCAAAGUCUGCGACAUUCUACAAUUCCACUACGGUUUCUGUUUUCUUACGCAUCUUACGCAAAUUGCGCACAAACGAACGUCAUAAAUCAGUGACGUUUAAUAUAUACCAAUAUAUAAUUAACAUUCAUCCGUGUCUUAAUUGGCAUGACAGCAACAGUAGUAAUGUACACUGAUUUUUGGAACACUUUUUGUAUUUUUAAAGCAAGUUUGUUUCAAUGUUUUUACAUUAAAUUAUUCAUGAUUUUCAUUGCUAUAUAGCAUUAGCAUAUAAUGCCUUUAUUAUGAAUAUUAACAGCAGCUCAAACUGCUUUACACGUUAUUACAAAUGACAUAAACACACAAAGUUGUUUAAAUGAUUCAAUUGAUAAUAUAGAAAUAAAGGAAGACAUUCAUAAAACCUGAAUAAGAUACAAUAAUUAGUAAUACAAUAUUUUUAGAUGUAUUCUUAUCGAUAUAAUAAGCUAAUAUAAACACUUUUUGUUUUGGAAGCAGCAAAUAAAUGACUGACAGAUACAAUGCACAAAAACAAAGUACUGCAUCUCAGAUAUUCUGCGGGUUAACUCAAUGAUGGUUUGCUCCGUGUAGGAGAUGUGUCUCUACCUAGAUGGUGUCCAUUAAGACCACUAUUAAAAUGAAUCGGGAUGAGUGAGUGCUUGUCUCGUGCAGCUUGCCACAGAUGCUUAAGAAAUACAUAGUUUGGAUAAAAUGGAGUCAGAAGAUAACAUAACAUCACUUCAGACUAUCAAAUCUAUCAAAUGUUCAAACCAACACAUAAAUAUGGAAGCAGAGAGAGAUCAGAUGCACUAAUGACACUUUACACCACGAAAUAUGUAUAGGCUUAUUAUUAACAGCUCUGAAUAUUUUGGCUCAAAUGGUUAAAACUCUGGGUUGUUGGUUGGAGGAUUGGGGUUCAAGCCCCAGACCGGCCAAGCUGCCACUGCUGGGACCUUGAACAAGGCCCCUAACCCUCCCUGCUCCAGGGGUGCUGCAUCAUGGCUGAUCCUGUGCUUUGACCUCAACUUUGGGAAAC